AUGGAAUUCGGAAUACCAGACGUUCACGAGGCGUACUUUGAUCUGACCACUGGAUCUCAGGACACCGGACAGUACCUUAAGGUCACCUGGGAUACCUGGGACGUUAGACCGCACUGUCCGUUCGGGUGGCGGGCGUGGGGAGACUCCUGCUACUAUUUCGGAAGGUCUGAUGUUCCGUACGAAACAGCAGUUUCAGCUUGUCACAACAUGGCAGCUCACGUGGUUGAGAUCAACAGCGAAGCUGAACAGGAGAUUCUCCGCGUCAUCACAUCAGCCAAAGAUGGAGACAAAUACUGGGUCGGACUGCGCUACUCUCAGUCUAACUCGUGGUACAACUGGUGGCACCAAGUUCCGCUGGCCGCGCAGUCGUCCUGGUGGUCUGACGGCACCAACAGAACGGCCGCGUUCGGCAGCGACACCUGUGUGAUUAUGGGCAGAACUGCAGGGUUCCAAUGGACAACUCAGCACUGUGGUCUCGGGGCCCGGGUCGUUUGUGAAACCGAUGGACGAAUCUGUGGGACGUUUUUCAGCAUCAUCCGCACGGUUUCUACCGACGCCCGUCCCUGGGUGGAGCUGAUUUCGGUCGGGGGCUCUACGUGGCAGCAAUAG